UUGGAAUACAAUAGAACAUCCUUCCGAGAUACAGAGAACAUUCGGCUGUCGGCAAUAUUUGUUAUGGUAAUGUUCAAAACUUAAUUCUGCGGGGCUUAAUAAUAUUGGAAUAAGGAGUUCAUCUUGCUCGGCUAUAUAGAAUAAACAUCAUUGAACGUUGAAUAUUGUGCAAUUGAUUGCUGGGCGGCACGAGAUAACACGGCUCAGGAUGUAAUAACAAUUGGAUUUGACUCGAAAUGGCAAUAUCACAUGCCAUUGUAUUGGGAGGUUUGGCAACUAUCACUUGAAAGUUAGGUUUCCUUAAUUCCGUUUGUAGUUGUCGGAUAUAUGCCGACAAAGAGAUGAAUGUACAAAAACGUGAUAUCCGGUGUUGCUUUUUGUUUCCUAUCCAGUGUUUGAUUUGGUAUUUGACUUAGAUGUUAAUGUGUUAUGAAUGGACAGACGUAUUAAAACAAAAGAAGGCUGAGUUUUAAACUUUCAAAGGACUAUUACAUUUGUAUAAAUAUCGAAGAUGUGACUGCAAAUAUUAGGUGUACACUUUAGAAAUGAAGGUAUUGUUUAUAAUUAACUUCUUGUUUUUAUUGUAUGGUGUAACUUUGGGUGAAUUUUGUUAUUCUGGCGAAGAAUGUGAUUGGAAAAUUCAAAGUGGAUUUUAUAUGUUGGAUUUUACAUCAUUGGAAAAGGAAUUGUGUCCGGAUAACCCUUCAUGUUUGGACAUUAAAAAUGGUUCAGGUUCUGUGUUGUUUCUGAAUGUCAGCAAUGACGAAGACGGUAUUGUUAGCAAUCAAUGGACAGAUAAAGCUUUGCAAGAAGAGGAAUCUUGUCUUGUCUUACACUUGUACACACACGAAGCAGCUGGAGUUAUUACGGUCAAAUCAAUUACAGACACUACUGAAUCAACAUUAGGGAAUACCACAUUGAAUCAAAACAAGCGCUGGCAAGACGUGACAAUAAGAUUUAAGAACCCAAACAGGAGGUCAAGGAUAAGUGUUGAAACUAACUUCAGACAGGCAGUUGGUAUCCUCAUCAUCUCAGAUAUCACAAUUAGUUAUCAGUGCGCAAAGAGCCAAGAGAUUAAAUCAUGCCCCGGUUCCGAUCAGUUUCCAUGUGGAGAUAAUACAUGUGUCCCAUGGGGCAAAGUUUGUGACCUUCAUGAUGACUGUGCUAAUGGCAAAGACGAACAAAUGUGUGACAAGUUACCAGACCCAGCCGUAUGUACAUUUGAAAAUGGAAUGUGUGGAUGGAAGUUGGGUACACAUUAUGACGGGUUUUCAUGGAAGCGACACCAUGGUCCAAAGCCUCCAAGCGGCACUGGUCCUGAUACUGAUCAUACCCUGGGAACAGCAGAUGGUUACUACAUGCAUAUAGACAGUGGUCCACCGUCUGGAUACUAUGAUCCUGCAAUUUUACAAAGUCCAGUUAUGCCAGCAAUAAGAGAAAACUUCAAAAGGGCUUGCAAGUUGAGAUUUUUCUAUCACAUGCUUGGUAAAGACAUGAACACACUGGACAUUCAAGCAAUCGAUGUUUGCCUUAAAAGAAAAACGAAACUUUGGAGUAAAAGUGGACAACAAGGGGAUGAGUGGAAGUUUGCUGAAAUAUCAUUAAGUAAUAUUUCGCAAAGAUAUAUUAUCAAUAUAGAGGGAUAUGGCGCACAUAAUGAUUUUGGUGAUAUAGCUGUAGAUGACAUUUCCUUCAGUCCGGAAUGUUUUGGUAUAUCUCAUGACGAAACCAGUUUCCAAUCCAUACCGUGCCAUAAAAAGCCGUUGACAAUUGCAGAAUUCAAGAAUAAACCAGACUUCUACUGCAACAAUGAUCAAGCAGUACAUAAUGGAACCUGUCCAGGGGUCAAUCAAUUUGCAUGCGAGGAUAAAUCUUGUGUUUUCUGGAAUCAAGUGUGCAAUCUUAAGAAUGACUGUUCUAAUGGUAGAGAUGAACAAAUAUGUGACGAUUUACCGGACCCAGCCAGGUGCACAUUUGAAGACGGGAUGUGUGGAUGGAGGGAAAGAACGCAUGUAAAAGGGUUUUCAUGGAAGCUACAAAGGGGUCCCACUGCACCUAGUGGUACCGGACCCGAUGUUGACCAUACGAAGGGAACUGUUGAUGGUGAGAGUAUAUCGCUGAAUUAAAAUUACAGGAGGUUAUGGUACAUAA